AGAUCUUCGGCUCCAGAGUGCGUGUGGACUCCACUGCUAAAGUGGCAGAGAUCGAGACGGCAGAGAAGGAGAAGAUGAAGGAGAAGGUGGAGCGAAUCCUCAAACACGGCAUCAACUGCUUCAUCAACAGGCAGCUGAUCUACAAUUACCCGGAGCAGUUGUUUGCGGCCGCAGGCGUCAUGGCUAUCGAACACGCAGAUUUCACAGGAGUGGAGCGUCUGGCUCUCGUCACAGGUGGGGAAAUCACCUCCACCUUUGACCACCCGGAGCUGGUGAAGCUGGGCCACUGUAAGCUGAUCGAGGAGGUGAUGAUCGGAGAGGACACACUCAUACACUUCUCUGGAGUCUCUAUGGGUGAGGCGUGCACUAUCGUCCUGCGCGGGGCGACGCAGCAGAUUCUGGACGAGGCGGAGCGCUCUCUGCAUGAUGCUCUGUGUGUGCUGGCGCAGACCGUCAAGGAGACGCGCACCGUAUAUGGAGGAGGCUGCUCGGAGAUGCUGAUGGCUAAAGCAGUGUCAGAUCUGGCCAAUCACACGCCAGGAAAAGAAGCCGUCGCCAUGGAGUCCUUCGCCAAAGCCCUGAUGAUGCUGCCCACGAUCAUCGCUGAUAAUGCGGGCUAUGACAGUGCAGAGCUGGUGUCUCAGCUGAGGGCCGCACACCAGGACAACAAGAACACCUUCGGCCUGGACAUGACUCAGGGGUGUGUGGGGGACAUGUCGGCUCUGGGUGUGACGGAGAGUUUCCAGGUGAAGCGUCAGGUGUUGCUGAGCGCAGCCGAGGCCGCAGAGAUGAUUCUGCGUGUGGACAACAUCAUCAAAGCAGCUCCCAGGAAGCGUGUGCCGGAUCAUCACCCCUGCUGAACAGCCCCUGCAGCCCCGUGUAUUUAUGAACAGGAAGUUGAGCUCUUGUCCUGUAGUGUCAGUGUUGGUCGUGUCUGAAUGUUACACACACUUUGACCCUUUGUUUACUUAAUAAAAACACCAUGAACCACUCA